CCCGGAAAGGACUCUUGGUGCUCGUGGCAGAAAGCACGUGCAACGGGGUCAGCGCACACUCAUAAAACGCCUAUGUCGGAACAAGUUUAUAAGGCUAUUCUUCCGAUCUACGAAGAAUUGAGUCGCGAUGACCUGCUCCUUCGUUGCUUAGGCGGUUUCACGCAAAACAGUAACGAGAGCCUGAAUGCAACAGUGUGGUCAAUGGCUCCAAAAACUGUUUCCAGUGGCAAGCACGUCCUUGAUACUGCCGUAUACAUUGCUACGGACAUAUUUAAUGAUCGAUUAUCAAGUGUGAUGAGGGUGAUGCAGGGAUUGGGCAUGAAAAUUGGACCCAAUUGCUAUAAUUUUUGCAUGGAAGCAGAUGAGCGCCGGAUCAAACUUUCGGAGAGAUCCCUUUCAGAGGAGGCUAAAAAGGCGAGAAUGUCGUUAAAAUCGUCCAGGAAGGAAGAGGAGGAAGCGAGCAUCAAUUUAGAAGGCCAAAUGUAUGGAGCAGGCAUUGCAGAUUAAAGGUCGAAAACUUUUCAAGAUAUGUGUCCGCCC